CUCCCGCUGUAGCCUCUGCCCGCUCUCACGAUUUCACAAACACAAAAUUUUAAGUACUUUCGAACCCUGGCAACCCACCUAACCUAUCGAUACCGAUAGUCAUUGAUUCGAAGAAGCUUUUAAUUUCACUCUAGUACCGGAAUUUUGACGCUGUGAUCGAUAAGAGUAAAAAAAAUGUGUUGCAAUUAUUGUGAGUAGAACUUGGAAGCCUAGUCCCGCUGGCCAGUGCUGAAUUACGGCGGCUUCUCGCUGGACCUCCGGGCGUGGAUAAGAAUCAAAUAAUUGACGAGGUGAAGAACUCGAUCUCUGAACAAUUUUUUUUGUUAUAUUACAAUUAACUACAAAUAUGAUAACAUUCUUAUGAUUUUCUUUCAGCUACUGUAUUCCUGACUAUCUAUAUGUAAAAUAAAUGCAAGUUUUUGGCAUCUUUUUGAAGUCAUACUGGUACCUAAUAGGACCCAGCGUCAUGAUUUCGGGAGUCGGAUGAGGUGGGGGUAUGGGAGACAUGUUGGGUAUUGAGGUGUGCAAUGAUAGAAAUGUUGAGUUCCCUUGAGUGCAAUAGGCUAUGGUGUAUAUUGCCACAACUUGCUGGCUUCUCUUGACUAACAAUAAUUUACAAUUAAGAAUAUUUAUCUUAAGGUGAGGUAGGAUUACUUGUGUGUGGUUUUUAAUGUGUCCUAAAGAAUUAGAUCAGUGAUUCUAACACUCAUCUUCUGUAUAUUCUUAGGUUCUUCACUCUCCAAAGUUCAUUUCGCAAUUUGGACUGACGUAAAAGAUGCGUUUCGUUGAAGCUCUCAACAUCUUCGAAGGCAGAAGGGGCAGUGUUUCCUCCCUGGCGUAUGUGCAAAUGAUCAGAUGAAGUUUACCAAGAAAAUAUCGAAACGAAUCUUCGUAAUCGUUGUUGUUACGCUAGCAAUGUUUGGCUUCAUGAUUGGUGCAACCAUCACUAUGCAACCAGUCCCCAGAUCGCCUGAAGGCGACGGUGGAGUAUGCACAGACAUAUUUGAAAUUGGCGAAAGGGCGGAAAAUAUGUCGAGCAUGAUGGAGUUGGCCGUCAGGGUGAUCAGGAAGAUGAAGAUGUUUGCUCCUUUUACAUUCUAUGAGAUUGUGAGUUACGAGAUGCCAUCAAUGGUUCGCGAGGUGGCCGACGGCUCCGGCCUCAACCACUCCAACGUCACACUCACUCAGACAUGGAGACUUCAGCAGACGAAGGGUCAGCUGCCUCACCUGGCAUGCCGCUUGCGGGAAUUGCGGGACGAGGAUAUCCGCAUCUGUGUUCAGAGGCGGCGGGAAACGGUAGGCUCCACUCACAUUGCCUACGUGGGGGACUCCCGUGUGAGGCAACAUGUUGAGGUGCUUCUCGACCACAUCCGACACCUCCAGCCCAAACUCACGACCCAUCUGGUAAGGCCCCACAUCUUGCCUAACUUGCCUAACCUUCCCAAUACAAGCAUAAUUCUUGUGAAAUCAGAGUGGAAAACUGUUGUAAAAACAUGAGAAUUUUCCCACGUUUCACGGUAGCUUGAAUUUAGCGUGUAAUGUCCAAUAGGCCCAGAGGCAAAAUCCCAACACUAGCAGUUCUGUAUACAUAUCGGGAGGAAAUCUACAGCAAAGAAAAAGGUGAUGAAACGGGCUUGAGUGACGGGGUGAACAAGAGCACCUAACCAACAGAAGACAGUAGCAUUGAGAACAAAGACGCUGUGGUGAUAUAUUACUAGUGGGGUCCCUCAGGGAUCAGUACUAGGUCAUGUUUACUACCUGAUGUAUGUAGAUAAGCUCCCGGAAGCGGUCCAUAGAAUUACCCAAAUCAGCCAAAAUCGGCCCAAAACUACACAAAUCGUC